AUGGUCUAUGAAAUUCGUUACUUUCCAAAUCCUGGUAGAGCUGACGUUCUACUAUUAAUUGCAGAGACAGGAGGUGUACCCUACAAAUUUGUUGGUGUGAAUCGUGAAACUGAAUGGCCCACUUUAAAACCAUCCACUCGAUACGGUCAAUUACCUUCCCUCAAACUCAAUGACAACUUUACACUGUAUCAAACAGUUGCCAUUGCACGUUUCUUGGCAAACGAAGGUGGUUUAUAUCCUUCUGACGAAUUCCAAGCUCUUCAAACUGAGGAAUACAUCAAUGCCCUUGAAGACGUAUUGAACCAAUUGAUUCGCGUUCUUUUCUUCACAGCAGAGGAUAAAAAAGAAGAAGCCACCAAAAUAUUCAUUGAGGGAACUUUGAAAAAUGUUUUUGGAGCUUUGAACUCUGCAUUGGAAAAGAAUGGAGGAUAUUUGACUGGAACAUUGAGUUGGGCUGAUUUGGACCUGUAUGAAAUUGCUGCUCUCGUGGAAGGAAGAACUAAAAUUGAUGUCGUGUCCUUGUGUCCUCAAUUACCAAAAUUGAGAGAAAAUAUUUGGAGCAAUGAGAGAGCAAAAGCAUUCUUGGAAAGUGAAAGAAAUUUAAAGAAUAAGAAGCAACAAUAA